AUGGCCACCCCCACAGACGCCCCUCCCGACUCCCACAUCGACCAUGCCGCCUCCCUCCGCUACUGGAACUCCGUCGCCGCCAACACAAAGACCAUGCUGGGCAUGCUAGGCUCGUACCCAUGGUACACGCGCAUCGAUCUCAGAGGAUCUAAGACCUUCCUCGGCAAAGUCCGUCGCAUGAUCCCCAAUUGCCCGACGGAGGGGAAGCUCCCUCUCGGCGUGGACUGCGGCGCGGGCGUGGGUCGCGUCACCGAGGGUCUCCUCAGCCAAGUCUGCGAGCGCGUCGAUGCCGUCGAGCCCAUUGAGAAGUUCACCGAGGUGAUUCGGAAUUCGGAGCUGAAACGCAUUGGUGUUGUCGGGGAUAUCUACACAAUGGGUCUGGAGAAUUGGUAUCCUGAGAAGAACAAGUACGAUUUGAUCUGGACGCAGUUCUGCGUGGGACAUCUUACGGAUGUGCAGUUGAGGGAGUACUUUGUUCGGUGUCGGGAGGCCUUGACGGAGACGGGCAUAAUGGUCGUGAAGGAGAAUCAGUCGACGGAUCCGAAUGGGUGGGAUAUGUUUGAUGAGGAGGAUAGUAGUGUUACGAGGACGGAUGAGAAGCUUCGGACUCUGUUUAAGGAGGCCGGGUUGGUGCUUGUUGCGUCGGAAUUGCAACUGGGGUUCCCGAAGAAUUUCAAGCUGUUGCCUGUGAGGUUUUACGCGUUGAGGCCGUCGACUUGA